ACACACACACACACGCACACACACACACACACACACACACACACAAACAGAGAGGAAGUGAACAAGGCGAGAUAGCCUCAACAUCUCUGAUUUCUCAAAUGGAGAUGUUUUUGCCUCAUAUUUGGACAAUACUGGCUGUACUAACAGUACUUUGUACAGUUUCAGGCUCAAACAUAUGUACCUCCAGAGGUGUUGGAACCUGCAAAGAAUGUUUGUCCAUUCAUCCGUCUUGCAGUUGGUGUUCUCAGAAAGACAUGGGUCCCAGCGGCUCCACUGUUUCCCGAUGUAACCUAAAGUCCAUCUUGCUCCAGUCUGGAUGUAAAGCACAGUUUAUUGAGUCUCCUGUCAGUAGCAUUGUAGUGGAAGAGGACCGCCCCCUCAGUGACCGUGCUCAAGGCACGACUGGUGACGCCAAUCAGAUUCGACCACAACGUAUCCGGAUGACCUUGAGGCCAGAUGAUUCAAUGCAAUUUACAGUGACCGUUCGGCAGGUGGCUGAUUACCCUGUAGACCUCUACUACCUGAUGGAUUUGUCCUAUUCUAUGAAAGAUGACUUAAGCAUACUCCGCUCCCUCGGCAGUGCCCUGGCUGAUGCUAUGGGUCGUACCACCAGCAACCUGCGCAUGGGAUUCGGAGCAUUUGUGGACAAAACGCUCUCCCCGUACAUGUAUAUGUUUCCAGAUGAGGCCAUUAGGAACCCCUGCCUUGGAAUUAACACUACCUGCUCACCACAAUUUGGUUAUAAGAACGUCCUGUCACUGACAGAGCAAGUGAGUCGUUUCACAGAGGAAGUGAAAAAGCAGCAAGUGUCACGGAAUAGAGACUCGCCAGAAGGUGGAUUUGAUGCCAUCAUGCAGGCUGUGGUCUGCAAGGAUAUAAUAGGGUGGCGGCCCGAUGCAUCCCACCUGCUGGUGUUCACUACAGAUGCUACAAGCCACAGUGCACUAGAUGGCAGCAUCUCAGGAAUUGUCCAACCCAAUGAUGGACAAUGUUAUGUUAAUAAUGACAUUUAUGCCAAGACUGCUAUAAUGGACUAUCCAUCCAUCGGACUGCUCACUGACAGACUGACCGAAAAUAAUAUCAACCUCAUCUUUGCUGUAACUGAGAAUGUGAUACCUCUGUACCUUAACUACAGUAAGCUGAUUCCUGGUACCACUGUCGGGAUGCUAUCUUAUGACUCAAGAAAUGUCAUCCAACUCAUCCUGGAUGCAUAUGCGAAUAUCAGGUCAAAGGCAGAGUUAGAGGUAUUGGGUGUUCCAGAUGAGCUGAGCUUGUCGUUUAAUGCCACAUGCCUCAACGGAGUGUUAGUACCUGGUGUUAAAUCCUGUUCAGGACUUAAAAUUGGAGACACGGUCUCGUUCAGCGUAGAGGCAAAGCUCCGUGGCUGUCCUAAAGUAAAGAGUCAGACGUUCAGCAUCAAGCCUUUGGGCUUUAAAGACACACUGCAGGUGACCGUUGAUUUCGCAUGUAACUGCUCAUGUCAAGAUUCUGCCCAGCCUGCUAGCCCUGCCUGUCACAAUGGCAAUGGCACGCUGGAGUGCGGUGUGUGUCUGUGUGACCCAGGACGCAUGGGACCACAGUGCGAGUGCACCGAAGCCGACUUCAAGCUCACCGACACAGUCACCUGUAAACAAUCGUCUGACACAGCUAUCUGCAAUGGACGAGGCGACUGCGUGUGUGGCCAAUGUAGCUGUCACUCAAAAGACUUUGGAAAGGUGUGGGGCCAAUACUGCGAGUGUGACGACUUCAGCUGCAUCCGCUCCAAAGGGCAACUAUGCUCUGGUCAUGGCGAUUGUGUAUGCGGGUUCUGUCAGUGCCAUUCUGGCUGGUCAGGCGAGAGCUGUAAUUGCUCCACGAGGACUGACACCUGCAUGGCCAGUAUUGAGCUACUGUGUAGUGGUCGUGGUGAGUGUUUGUGUGGUGUGUGUUCAUGCACCCUGCCUGGAGCGUACGGUGCCACCUGUGAGAAAUGUCCCACAUGCCCUGACUCCUGCACCCUAAAAAAGGACUGUGUGGAGUGUAAGCACUACAAGAGAGGACCACUGUUUGAGAAGAAAAGCUGCAACACUGCAAUCUGCAGAGAUGAAAUCCAGCUGGUGGAUGAGUUAGCAUACCAUGAGAAGAGCUCUGUGAACUGUAGCUACAAAGAUGAGGAUGACUGCAUUAAUCAUUUCCAGUACUAUGAAGACAUCAGCGGAAAAUCCAUCCUCUACCUCGUUAAAGAACCCGAGUGUCCUAAAGGUCCCGACAUCCUGGUAGUGGUUGCUUCUGUCAUCGGGUCUAUUUUUUUACUGGGAUUGGCUGCUCUGCUGGUGUGGAAGCUGCUGAUUACUAUUCAUGAUCGGCGAGAAUUUGCCAAGUUUGAGGAAGAGAGAGCCAAGGCCAAGUGGGAAGCGGCAAAUAACCCGCUGUAUAAAGGAGCUACAACUACAUUUACAAAUGUGGCUUACCGUGGGAACACUUAAAGACUUCAGCUCCAGUACCUUCUUCAGCAGCAGUCAGUGAUGUCUCAGUGAUGCUCACGUCAUAACCUCUCUGUCAGUGAC